AUGGGUCUCCUCCUUCUUUAUCUUUCAGGACAGAUCGUAUACCUCUACAAGAACAGACACUCCCUCCGAAGAAGACUCAACACCAUGGACAGUAUUGUUAACAACGCUCCCGUGUCGAUUUUCGCCUAUUGCGCGUCAUCCAUUUUAAUGACUGUCACCAACAAGUACGUGUUGCUGGGUUACUCCUUCAACUUGAACUUUUUCUUACUUGCCGUCCAGUCCUUGGUUUGUAUCACCACCAUCGGAACCCUCAAGGCCUUUGGUAUCAUCACCUACCGUCAAUUCAACAAGGAUGAAGCCAAGAAAUGGUCUCCUAUUGCUGUUCUCUUGGUUGCCAUGAUUUACACUUCCUCCAAGGCCUUGCAAUUCUUAUCCAUCCCAGUCUAUACCAUCUUCAAGAACUUGACCAUUAUCCUCAUUGCCUACGGUGAAGUCUUGUGGUUUGGUGGUAAGGUCACCUCUAUGGCCCUUGGUUCCUUUUUCCUUAUGGUUCUUUCCUCCAUCAUUGCCUGUUAUGGGGACUCUGCUGAUGCCAAGUCCGCUGCUGACACCGCCUCCUUGUACAUUGGUUACUUCUGGAUGUUGACCAAUUGUUUCUCCACCGCUGCGUUCGUUCUUAUCAUGAGAAAGAGAAUCAAGCUCACCAACUUCAAGGACUUUGACACCAUGUACUACAACAACUUGUUGUCCAUCCCAAUUCUUCUUGUUGCCUCCUUGGCCUUUGAAGACUGGUCCGCCGUCAACGUCGAAAAGAACUUCCCUGAAGCCAACAGAACCGCAACCAUCCUUGCCAUGAUCUUCUCCGGUAUGUCCUCCGUUGGGAUCUCCUACUGUUCCGCCUGGUGUGUCCGUGUCACCUCCUCCACCACCUACUCUAUGGUUGGUGCCUUGAACAAGUUGCCUAUCGCCUUGUCCGGGUUGGUUUUCUUUGACGCCGCCGUCAACUUCUGGUCCGUUUCCUCCAUCUUUGUUGGGUUCGGUGCUGGUUUGGUCUACGCUGUCGCCAAGCAAAAGCAACUGAAGGAAGCUGCCCAACAAUUGCCAACUACUAAAUAA